AUGAAGAGGGAACGCAAAGGAGCGGACAAGGAGGAGAAGCACAAGACAGGAGACACCGCUGUAGCCCCACCCGGGUCUAAGAAGACCAAACAGAACAAGAGACCACUCUACAAGAUCCUUGAAAAUGGUCAUGGUGAUGACGAUGAGGAGAAGAAGAAGAAGAAGGAGUGCACAUGUGAUUCAGAAAGCGAAGACGAAGAGGACAGUAGUGACGUCGAGUACGAGUGCUGCUGUGGAGCCAAUGACCAGGAAGAAGAACCAUGGGAUUACAAUGUGUGUGGUCCUCAUGAGUUGGAUUGGUCAAAACUGACAGAAAGGGACAAGAAACAGCUUGAGGACGGCGUCAUGCAACUCAUUGGGUACUACUUUGAGAAGGACCUCAACCCCGAGUUCAGUCGUGCGAUAUGCCAGAGCAAGAGAAAGAGCAUUGACAAGGCGGAGAAGGAAAAGAAACACAUUGACGGGACAAUAGCUGAUCGCGUGGGAUUGGUAAAGUUCAUGUCAUUCGAGAACGGGGAGCAAUCAGAACUCCCCGACUUUAAGGGGACCAUCGAGACGCGUGCAUGGGCUGCGAGGUUUUGA